CUCAAAGCCGCGUUCCACCCAAGGUGCAACCAGGGCGGUCGAAACCGGCGACGGGCCAGCUUUCCAACACCGCCAUACAAAUCCGAACAAGGUCGCUGUAGCGGCAAUCGCGUUACCGACCUUCAAAUCAACGAGGCUAUUGCCACUUGACACGGCUCAAAAUGUCCCUAAAUAGGAAAUACGCAGCGUUGCCCGAUCUUGACUCUGCGCCAGACAUCUACGAGACGCCAGAGCUCACAGACGAUACCUCCACAGUGCCUACUACGCUACGGUCCUCUUCAGACACCGAAUUCGACGAUGACGAGGCAGACGGGCCGGGGAUUUCCCGGUCCAAACUACGAAUAGAUCAAGCCCGGUCGCGUUUCAUGCCCUCCCAAGUCGACGCGAAGGAGGUCGACUUCUCAGACCGCGUCAACGGAAAGCGAAAGUCUUAUAAGACCUCCAGCCGCCGGCACAGGAUCCUGGAGGAUGGCGCUGAGGAGCUGGGUGAUCUAAGCGACGAAGAUGAGGCCGAGAGCUUGGCUCGGAAACUUGCGAGACUGAAGCGCGAGAUUGAGGAGGCUAAGGAGGAGUAUGGCCGGCAGAAGUCACAGAAUGAUGCAGCGGGUGCCCAACCUGUUGAAGGAGAGGCUAACCAGGAAGAAGAAUUGGCAUCUCUCAGCCAGGUGCUGGAUGAGAUUUCGAGGCGCCCAGAGGAUCUGGCACAAGGUCCUGGUUUCCGGCCAGUCAGAGUCGGGCCAUUACCUGCCAGGGAGCCAAAGCAAGACACCAUCGCGGGCGAGCCUGCGGGCGGAGAUUCGGCCACCUACACCGUCACAUACGCGCCGGCUUACGAACAGACGCAUGCUCUCGCCAAGGCUGCAGACUUCGAUGGACGUCUUGCGCUUUUAGAGAAAGCCAUUGGCAUCGGAUCGUCAGCCUUGCCGGAGCUGGACUCGAGCGGCUUACCCAGGGCAAUUGUGCCGACCUUGGAGAAACUACAGAAGCAGGUCUCGACAUUGUCCGAGGCGUCGUCGUCUUCAUUGGACACCAUUAGUCGCAAGGUGCGACAGCUGACGCAGGAGGCCGAGCAGCUUGAGAAGUCCCGAAAGCAGGCCAAGCAGGCCAAAGAGGCGCUCGCCUCGACCGGCACUGGCUCAUCCUCUCCUAGCACCCCAGAUUCGGAGGAUUCGGAGCAGACGACCAAGAUCAAUGCCCUCUACAGCACACUGCCGACAAUAGAGAGCCUGACGCCCCUCCUGCCUCCAUUGCUGGAUCGGCUCAGGUCACUGAGAGAGAUUCAUGCCGAUGCGGCCACUGCCGGCGAGACAUUGGAACGCAUCGAAAAGAGGCAGGCAGACAUGGCUUCUGAUAUCAAGCAGUGGAGAGAAGGCCUGGAGAAGAUCGAGACGGCGAUGCAGGAGGGAGAGUUGUCCAUGGGCAACAACAUGAAGACUGUCGAUGGAUGGGUGAAAGACCUGGAGGCAAAGAUGGCGAAGUUGUCAUGACGAUGAUGUCGUUCUGCUCAUUGAUGAUUGAUUGUGUUCGAAGUGAUGAUACCCGUGAUAGUUCGACAAGAGCCAGAAGAGAACGAGAAUAAGAACGUGCGGAUCAAGCUCUGCAA